CCGAAGAAGAAGGGCGUUCUCAGAGGACGUGCGUCUUGUGCGUCUCGACCGUCACGACGCUGCCACACUCUCAAACACAAAGGAUUACAUAAUACUGACAUUUUAUACUUAAUUAUAGCUUUUUCUACUUUGCCAGGAAGGCGGCGGCCCGUUGCUUUCGAAUCUAACUCGUACAACUGUCGCCAUAUCUGAAGGAUCAACAUGGCUGAUGAUUUUGAUGUGGAGGCCAUGCUGGAGGCUCCUUACAGAAAGGAUGAGUACAAGUCCUCUCAUACUAAUGGACAUGAAGACCAUAGCAAGAAGAAAAAACGGAGUCGUAGCCGCAGUCCGGCCUCUCGUAAGAGACGCAGCCGGAGCAGGGAUCGGAAGAAGGGGAAGAAGAGGAGCCGGAGCCGUGAGCGCAAACGCAGCCGCAGUAAAGAGCGCCACCGCAGCCGCUCCAAGAGCAAGGAGCGGUCUGGGAGAUACAAGGGACGCAAGAGCCCCAUACGCAAGCACUCAAGAAGCCGAAGUCCCAUCAUCAAAAAAGAAAAGAGUCCCAUAAGGCAACCUAUUGAUAAUCUAACCCCAGAGGAGAGAGAUGCGCGCACAGUCUUCUGCAUGCAACUGGCAGCACGAAUCCGUGCUCGUGAUCUAGAAGACUUCUUUUCAGCCGUUGGAAAAGUCAGGGAUGUAAGGAUAAUCUCUGACAGAAAUUCAAGGAGGUCAAAGGGCAUUGCCUACAUAGAGUUUGUAGAAACAUCGUCUGUACCGCUUGCCAUUGGACUAACUGGCCAAAGACUAUUGGGAGUCCCUAUUAUUGUACAGGCCUCACAGGCAGAGAAGAACAGAGCUGCUGCAGCUGCUAAUGCACUUCAGAGGGGCAGUAUGGGUCCGAUGCGGCUGUAUGUGGGGUCAUUACACUUCAACAUCACCGAGGAAAUGCUUCGGGGGAUCUUUGAGCCUUUUGGAAGAAUUGAGUCAAUACAACUUAUGAUGGACAGUGAGACCGGAAGAUCUAAAGGAUAUGGAUUCAUUUCCUUUGCAGAUGCAGAGUGUGCCAAAAAAGCCCUGGAGCAGUUGAAUGGUUUUGAGUUGGCAGGACGUCCAAUGAAGGUGGGACAUGUUACAGAGCGCUCAGACUAUUCAAUGGCCAGCUCCUUCCUGGACAACGAUGAACUUGAAAGAACUGGCAUUGACCUGGGUACCACAGGACGGCUACAGCUCAUGGCUCGGCUAGCUGAAGGAACUGGCCUGAAGAUCCCACCGGCCGCUCAGCAAGCUCUACAGAUGACUGGGUCUGUACAGUUUGGGAACGCACCAGUUACUGGGGUUCCACCUCCUGCUCAACCCUUGAACCUCCCAGCACAGCCAAUAGCCACGCAUUGUCUUCAGCUGUCCAACCUUUUCAACCCACAAGCUGAAAAUGAUCCAAACUGGGCCACAGAGAUUCAAGAUGACGUCAUUGAUGAGUGCAACAAACAUGGUGGUGUUGUUCACAUUUAUGUCGACAGAAACUCCCCUCAAGGUAACGUGUAUGUCAAAUGCCCAUCAAUCCCUGCAGCUAUGGCUACUGUAAAUGCGCUUCACGGACGUUGGUUUGCAGGGAAAAUGAUCACUGCUGCAUAUGUACCUCUGCCAACCUACCACAGCCUGUUUCCUGAUUCAGUGACGGCAACAAUGCUCCUGAUGCCCUCCCGGCGAUAGUUGGACUAUCCAACAAUGAGAAUGUGUAUAUACCUCGUUUUCAGUGAGACGGCAGCAGUUUAAAGGUUGCCUGUGUGUAAUGAGUAUGCCUCAAGUUUAUGUACUCAGCUGUGCAUUGAUUUGUCUAAAACCUGAAAUUAGUCUGAGUUAUAAAUUGUUUAAAGUACUUGCUGUUCAGAUUGUUAGGUUAGGCCUUAAAUGCCAAAAUAAAUUUGCUUUGUAAAUUAA